CCAAGAAAAACCAUUGGUGUUUGGCUCACAAUCGAAGAAUCGAUACAAAACUAUUUUACCAAAUGAACAUUCACGUGUCAUUUUAAGUACGGAACCUGACAGUUUGGCUGAACCGUAUAUCAAUGCAAAUUACAUUAAGGUAGUACUCCACGCGGGAUUCUAACCUGAACCGAUCUGCAUCAACGAUGCUCAAUUGAACACCCAAAUUGGGACCGCUGACACUAAACGUGAGUUUACUUAUUAGUUAUAAUUGCUGAGUUUUUCUUACGCCACUGUACUGUAUUUUAGGAAAUUUAUAACUCUCUCUUUCCUCCCACUGAAAUACAAUCGCAAUGAACUCGCCAAACUGCGACGAUUUUUGAGUUAUAAAUCCGGAAAAUAUCAGCACCCGUUGCCCAGCUCGGCAACAUAUUAUAAAUUUCGUUUAUUACAAACGCAGCAGAAUUUGGUCAUCUCUGAUUGUCCGAGCUCAAGCUAACACCAUGAUGUAGACGACUUUGUGGUGUGCGUGGAGUCUACGACCGUGCCGAGCAAGUGGUUUAUGCACCCGAUGCAGUCCCAAACGGGUGUGCCAAGAAAUAUGAGUUCCUAUCGUUCUAUCCGCCGGGGCACCGAAUCACCUGUUGGAGUUCCAUAUGAGACCGGGAGCCGAAUCCAAAAUAAUCUCACAUGCAGCAUCGCGAACGAGAUCCAUGAUUCAAGUCCACACACUCAUAGAACACCUCAAGCAGCUUUCAGUGCUCGCCAAAAGCUAUCGGCCAAAGAUAAUGUCAACAGGAACUCAUCCCACCUACACGCACCUUACCCGUCCGGACAAUCUCGUGUUCCAAGAAAGCCACCACUGCAACCAGGCACGUCUGACUUCACGCCAAGCCCACGUGAGAACAAAAAAAAGAUGACCUCAUCAGAACCAAAACAAACCUCCACGUCCUGCAAGAAGCAGGCUGAUGAAGAACUUCGCAAAAUAAAAGAAGAACUUGCCGAGAGUAGGAAGAAGCUGGAGAUCGAACUGACACACCUAAACAGAAAGUACAACUUCUUGGAGAACAUUGUGCGUAACCGUAAAUCUGCUUCCAUGCACCGGACUGGCAGCCAAAUGCAGGAUUCGGAAUAUUCUGUACUGCUGCCCAAGACCACAUCUUUGGAGCGAUGUGUGCGAAACGCGAUCGAUCUGCAACCAAAACACCAAGACCAAUCCGUCUGCCCGAUCACCAUCCCUCACAACAAUGCUACAAUUGUACCUCCUUGUCGCACACUACGUGACCUCUGCAUUGCCACUCGAAUGCCGGAGAAGAGAUCGGGUGCUUUAGACCUGUCGCAGACGAUCGACGCUGGCCGAUCUGCCGAGUGUCCAACACCACUGUCAUCAAUCGGCACCACAAUCGAAGCACGAAGCAGGUCAUCAUGUACAGACACAGCGAUGUGCACACAGUCGAAACCAGAACACUACCAGACUACUUACACUUCACACUCGAAGGAAAACGUCCCGACACAGACGAACGCUUCGUCUCACCUAGAGAGCCUGGAUGUGGAUGUAAACAAAAAUCACACACUGCUGAGACUGCGAUUAUACAGCAAUACGGGAGAGCCAGACUUGGUCGGGGCAACACAACAACAGGGACAACUACUUCAGUUUGCUCAACGAUUUGACUCGUCCAAAAUAAGCUGCAUUCAAACUGGUCAACCUUUCGAACGCGGUAGCAUGCAGCAGAUGCUCCAGACGCCCGCGCGAUGGAUCGAAUCCGCCUCAUUUGGGAGUCUGAGGCCAACAGCGGAUACCAUGAUCAACCUGAUGGACGUGCUACGCAACAACGGUCUGCCGACACCAUCAACGUGCAACGCGAAGAUCGACUGCAUUUUCAAGGAACCGCAGUGGCUUUCGAAGAGUGAACACGGAUGCAAGUUGAUGAACAGCCAAAGCUUCAAUGGAGUCAAUUGGAGUCCAUAA